CAUGUGUUGAAGUAGUCCAUCUGUUUGCUGUUAUCUUACAAGAGAGUAUUAUACCAUCCGACUUGACUGUCAAACUUUGACUGCUGAGUAUUUGUCGUUGUGACAUUAGGAAAUAACAGUUAAACUGUGAGCACGCAAGUUACAUUUUCCUGCUUAGGUCUGGCCACUUGUCUUAUUUUGUUUAUUCUCGAUGGCAAGCAAGCUAGCGAGUUAUGAGCACCAAAAUUCAGCUAAAGCAAGUCUCCAAAGUAUCUGGCUGUCAACUUUCUGCCGUACUCUCGUAAUGUAACCAUUAACGGAGAUUUUCAGUCAGUUAUUGCUUUUCAGUGAUUAGUAAAGUCAUGGAAGUGGAGAGCUUUGUUUCGAGAACGCUCGAGUUGCUGCAGGAGGAAAGAGAAGCUGAGAUCGAAGAAACAAGGUCCUGGCAGGAGGGAGUGUCUCUCAAAGAUCUUCAAAGCAAAGGAGUUUGUCUGCUGAAGCUCCAGAUAGGCAGUCAACGGACAGGCCUCUAUGGCCGUUUGCUUGUAGUUUUAGAGCCAAGAAAACACGUGGGAACUGGGAUUCUUCCUAGCAACAGCUUUGGCCCUGGAGACAUAGUCGGCUUGUAUGAUUCAGAGGGUUGUGGUCCCUCAUCUCAGCUCGGCACAGGGGUGGUGACACAGGUAACUCAAGUGUCUGUGUCAGUGGCCUUUGAUGAAGCCCAGGAUGGUUUCUGCCCAGAGCGUGAUGUGCUGUACAACCUCAUGAAACUGGCCAACGAUGUCACCUACAAGCGACUGAAAAAUGCCUUGAACUCUCUGAAUGGCUAUAGUGGUGGUCCAGCAUCAAGCCUCAUUAGUGUCAUCUUUGGCUACUCAGAACCAGGGAUUCCUUUGCAAUUAAAUCCUAUAGAUUUUUUCAAUACCAGUCUGGAUGAGUCUCAGAGAGAGGCUGUGUCAUUUGCUUUGACCCAGAGGGAGGUUGCCAUUAUUCAUGGACCCCCGGGGACUGGGAAGACAACCACUGUCGUUGAGGUGAUCCUACAAGCUGUGAAACAAGGACUAAAGAUCCUUUGCUGCGCCCCCUCAAAUGUGGCUGUGGACAAUCUAGUUGAGCGCCUGGCCAGAGGCAGAACUAAGGUGCUGCGUCUCGGUCACCCAGCUCGGCUGCUGGAGUCCAUACAGAAACACUCUCUGGAUGCUGUCCUGGCCCACAGUGACAAUGCUAACAUCAUUGCUGAUAUCUACAAAGACAUUGAUCGUGCCAUUGUGAAAAUGAAGAAAGUGCAUGACAAGGGGGAUCGCAGCCACCUGAGGGCAGAGGUGAAGGAGUUGCGGAGGGAACUGAGAGCAAGGGAAGAAACAGCCAUCACUCAAAUUCUCAAGGGGGCUGACGUCAUCUUGGCAACCAAUACUGGGGCGUGUGAUGAUGGGCCGCUGAAGUUCCUGCCCACAGGCCACUUUGACGUGGUGGUAAUAGAUGAGUGUGCCCAGGCUCUGGAGAGCAACUGCUGGAUUGCCCUGCUCAAGGCACGGAAAUGCAUCCUGGCUGGGGACUAUAAGCAGCUUCCUCCCACCAUCAAGUCGCAAAUGGCGGCGGCUAAAGGCCUGUCCCUGAGUCUCAUGGAGAGGCUGAUUCAGAAAUACGGGGACACGGUGGUCAGAAUGCUGACAGUGCAGUACCGCAUGAACAGCGCCAUCAUGCACUGGGCAUCCGAGAUGAUGUACAAUGGCAAACUCACUGCUCACGUCUCGGUGCAGGGGCAUCUGUUAAAGGACCUUCCUGGAGUAGCCAGUGUAGAAGAAACAGAGCUACCUUUGCUGCUCAUUGAUACAGCAGGCUCUGGGCUGUUUGAGAUGGAGGAUAGUGAUGAGCAGUCCAAAGGCAACCAAGGUGAAGCAGACAUAGUGGCACUACAUAUACAAGCUCUAACUGAAGCUGGUGUGAAAGCCAAAGAUAUAGCUGUCAUUGCACCUUACAACCUUCAGGUUGAUCUUCUGAGACAGCGGAUUUCCCUUAAACACCCUGAACUUGAGAUCAAAUCUGUGGAUGGCUUCCAGGGAAGAGAGAAGGAGGCAGUGGUGCUGUCGCUGGUGAGAUCAAACAGAAGGGGGGAAGUUGGCUUUCUUGCUGAGGACAGGAGGAUCAAUGUGGCUGUGACCCGUGCCCGGCGUCAUCUGGCUGUGGUGUGUGACACCCAGACUGUUUGCAACCAUGGUUUCCUCAAGUCUCUGGUGGACUACAUGUCUCAGCACGGUGAAGUUCGAACAGCCUUCGAGUACCUGGAGGAUGCCACACCUGAGAACUACACUCACAAGCCCCUAAAGGAGCACAGGAAGGAGAGGCAGGCCAAGCCCAAGGAGGUCUCAUCCACCAAACAGAAGAAGAGUCAGCCAGGGAAGAAGAAGGAAACGGAACACAAGAAAGCCCUGGACAUCAAGGGGGCAGUUGCUCAGAGCAGACUGAAGUCAUCCCACCUCAGCAUGCAGGAUGGGGAUGCUGUUAACGUGGCAACAGAGGGGACAGAGAUAGAAAUAAAGCAUAAUUAUGAGAUGCUUAAAGAGCAGCUGCUCCAGUUCCUGAAGAACACUAACCAGGCUGAGCUGCACUUUCCCUCUUCGCUGAGCUCUCAUGAUCGUCUGUUGGUGCACCAGAUCUCUGAAGAGCUGGGGUUGGGACACAAGAGUGUAGGUGAGGGGAAGGACAGACGCAUAACUGUUGUUAGGGUGACAGUGGAGCCACAGCAUGGUGAGCCAGACAGAUCUUUCCAACCAGCCCCUACAACAGACUCUGUGGAACCAAUAAGUGAGGAGGGGUCUCAGAAAGAGGCUAUGGGUCCCGCUCAGGUGGAUUUGAAGAGUUUGUACCUGGAGCGCAUGCAGCGGGAACAGGCAAAGAGGGAGGAAAAGGCCCAGGCAGUCACAGCCCAGGGUGGCCCGGCCCAUGUGCAGUCCUCUAAGAAGUCCAAGCGUGCAAAUAAAGGAAAGGCCUCCAAAGCAGGCGCAGUAGAGAUUGCUGCCGCAGCUGCGGCAGACGACGACUUUGAUACGCUCAUCGAUGCUGUGAUAAAAGCAGACAAUGUUUGUGCUUCCGCCAAGUGUAAAGCCAGUGUGCAAACCCUUGGACAGCUUUGUCCCUUCUGCAACAGGCGCUACUGUCUUAGUCACCACAUCCCAGAGGUCCAUGGCUGUGGGGAUAAGGCCAAGGCCCAGGCACGAAUGAGAAUAAGCAAAGAGGGAGUGCUGUAUGCAGGCAGUGGGAAGAAGGAGAAGUCCAUGGACCCAAACAAGAAAGCCUAUCUGCAAAGGAAACUGGAUGGAAAGCUCAAAGAUCUUGCAACUCAAAGGAAAGCAAAACCAAAAGAGAAGGAACAGUGAAUCUCAUCAUUAGAAAUCAGUUCUACUAUCAGUUCAACAGUGACAUAGCACAUGUUACAUCUGUUUAGUAUAUGUAUAGUAUAUGUUUAGUAUAUGUUACUAUCUGUUUAGUAUAGUUAAGAAUGAGG